AUGUGGUUUCCCAUAUCAAAUCUGUCUCGAAAGGUGCUCACAUCUCGUUUUGCUCAAGUUGCUACACGAUCUUACACUAUGGCUACCGAUCCCUCCACCUAUAAGUUGAACCACUCCAUGAUCCGGGUCAAGGACCCAAAGCGAUCUGUUGAGUUCUACAAGUUCCUUGGCUUGAGUUUGAUCAAGAAGAUGGACUUCCCUGAAUGGGGUUUCUGUAACUACUUCAUGUCCUACGAUGGUCCCAAAUCGCUGCAGGGAGAAACCCACUUCACCGACCGCAACGCCAACAUUGAACUCUGCCAUAACUACGGCACCGAGAACGACCCCAACUACAGCGUCGUCAAUGGUAACACCGAGCCCUACCGGGGCUUCGGCCACCUUUGCAUCUCGGUCGACAACAUCGCGGCCGCCUGCAAGCGCAUCGAGGAUGCCGGUUACCCCUUCCAGAAGAAAUUAACCGAGGGUCGCAUGCGUCACAUUGCUUUCGCCAAGGAUCCUGAUGGCUACUGGGUGGAGAUUAUUCGCCGCGGCGACGAGGAUGUCGGCACAACCACCGACCCAGCCACCUACCGUCUCAACCACACCAUGAUUCGUGUGAAGGAUGCCGAAGCAAGUCUGAAAUAUUACACAGAAUCCCUGGGCAUGACACUCCUCCGCACUAGUGAGAACCCGGAGAACAAGUUCAACCUUUACUUCCUGGGAUACCCUAAGUCCAACCCCGAGAUCAAGGAGGGUGCCCGUAACCCCGUUGCUGAGUGGGAGGGUCUGCUAGAGUUGACCUGGAACUACGGCACUGAGAAGGAGGAGGGUCCUGUCUACCACAACGGUAACACAGAGCCCCAGGGAUUCGGUCAUAUCUGUAUCACUGUUGAUGACCUCAAUGCUGCUUGUGAGCGAUUCGAGUCACUUGGUCUCUCCUUCAAGAAGCGCCUGACCGACGGUCGGAUGCACAACGUCGCAUUCCUUUACGAUCCCGAUCAGUACUGGGUCGAGGUGAUUCAGAACGAGCGGAUCAAACCCUCCGCUAACUGGUAG